UAUGGAGAUUGGAGUGUGACAAUUAAUUUUGGUAUUUGCGUUUUGCAAGUGUGUUUCUUUGUAUUUCGUGCUCCAGUUAAAUUCGAUUGAAACAGUUUUAAUCUCGGUUUUCCACGACAUAUAUCCAGUUACUGUGAGAAUAUAAAUUAAUAACAUUUUAUUGAUUCAACAACAAUAUAAUAAACUAAGAUGCCGAACAUAAAACUUCAGUCCUCUGAUACUGAAAUAUUUGAUGUUGAUGUUGAGAUAGCCAAAUGCUCAGUUACGAUAAAAACUAUGUUAGAAGAUUUGGGCAUGGACGACGACGAAGAAGAAAUAGUGCCUCUUCCGAACGUCAACUCCGCUAUUCUAAAAAAGGUUAUUCAAUGGGCCACUUAUCAUAAAGAUGAUCCUCCUCUACCUGAAGAUGAUGAGAAUAAAGAAAAGAGAACUGACGAUAUAUCGUCAUGGGAUGCAGAUUUCUUGAAAGUUGAUCAGGGUACAUUGUUUGAGUUAAUUUUAGCUGCCAACUAUUUAGACAUAAAGGGAUUAUUGGAUGUAACAUGCAAGACGGUAGCCAACAUGAUUAAAGGCAAAACACCUGAGGAGAUCCGUAAAACAUUUAACAUUAAGAAUGACUUUACUGCUGCUGAGGAAGAACAAGUCCGUAAAGAAAAUGAAUGGUGUGAAGAGAAGUAAAGUUAAUCGAUUAUGAUGUAUGUUUUAUAAAAGUUGUAAAAUUUAUCAAAAGACACUUGUAAUGUACAUGUGCAAAUUACUACCCAUACUUAAAUUAUUGAUAGUUUGGUCAAGGUUUCACAUUACUUACUUACACGGCUAAAUUACAGAUUUAGUUAAUUGUUAGGUUGUGCUGACUAAACUUACAGAUCACAUUAAACAUUUAUUAAAAGCCUCAUACAUUUUUAACCAUACUUUAAAUGCUUAUUUAUAAGUGCAUUCAUCAAUCUUAAACUAGUGUAACUAUUAAACCUAUGAGAUAGUUCUCACUAUUCAAGUAAAUACAAAUCAUCAUUCUAAUUGAAUAAAUUAUUAAAAUAUAAAUUCUAUGUUGUAGUCACAACAUCCCUUGUAAUAUUCAGCUAAUUACCAAGACAGUAUUUGAUCUAUACUAGGUAUGGUAAAGUUAACUGCAUGCUAGAUACUCUGAUAAAUUCAGCUUAUCAUAGGAGAAUUUAUUUAAUUAGGAUUGCCACAUUUAUUUAAUAUAAAAAAAACCCCCUUUUGCUCAUAACAAGUUUUUAAUUAUACUUAAAUAAGCUAUAUGUUCAACUUAUAUAUACAUGCCUAUUGUCUAUAUAGUUUCGAUGGUAGGAUUUCUAUUUAACUAAAACUGUGUUAACUGGAUUGUGAAAAAAAAAAUGAAUGAUGACAAAUGUGUGAUUGGAUACCAUCGCAAACUUUAAAUUUGUUCCUUAGUUUUGUUCAAAGCUAUUAGAUAUUGUAAAUGAACUUUAAUAAAAAUUUAAAACAG